UUAGUUUAUUUUUAUAUAAAUGGUAGUGUCCUUGAAAACAACAAGUUUAUGACAAUGUUCUAUAUGACAAAGACGUAUACAGGCAAGGCUGGAACAGGCCGUGUACCUUUAAGAUACAUACAUUGACCUAAAAUCAAACAACGUCGGGGAUCAGAAGUCAGUCUUUUUGCAACAGCAGGCCAUUCAACUCAAAAUGGAGAAAGCAGAGCAUUGGAGUAAUGACGAGGAGAUUAAAAUUUUCCAGGAGUAUUUACGUAUUCCCACCGUUCAUCCGGAUAUCGACUAUAGUGAGGAUUGCUUUUACACGGCCUGGAUUUGUUUACAUUCAAAUUCGGUUUGCAGCUGCGUGCGUCGAGUUUCUAAAGCGGCAGGCUGACAAACUGAACCUGCCGGUGGAUGUGAUCCAUCCCGUGCUGCCAUCCAAACCGGUGGUGAUUAUGAAGUGGCUGGGCAAGAGACCCGAGCUGCCAUCGAUUUUAUUGAACUCGCACAUGGACGUGGUUCCCGUGUUUGCCGAGAACUGGACCCAUGACCCCUUUGGCGCCAGCAUGGACGCCGAGGGCCGGAUUUAUGCACGUGGCACGCAGGACAUGAAGUCCGUGGGAUGUCAGUAUCUGGCUGCCACUCGUGCCCUGAAGUCCAGUGGCUAUCAGCCCAAGAGGACUGUGUAUCUGACGUAUGUGCCCGACGAGGAAACUGGCGGCGACAUGGGCAUGGCCGAAUUCGUGAAAGGCGAUUACUUCAGGGCCAUGAAUGUGGGUUUCGCCCUGGACGAGGGCAUCGCCAGUGAAGAUGAGUCCUAUCCUGUCUUCUAUGCAGAGCGCACAUUGUGGCAUCUCCGUUUAAAAUUCACUGGCACUUCCGGGCAUGGAUCGCUGCUGCACAAAAACACGGCUGGCGAGAAGUUCCAGUAUGUGAUGGAUAAGCUAAUGAAGUUCCGGAAAACACAGGUUCAGCAUCUGGCAGAGAACUCCUCCUUGGACAUCGGUGAUGUGACCACUCUGAAUUUGACUCAACUUACAGGGGGAUUGCAAAGCAAUGUGGUUCCUCCUGUGCUAGAAGCAGUCUUUGAUAUUCGCAUUGCCAUCUCCCAGGACGUGGAUCGGCUGGAGAAGCAGAUUCGCAACUGGGGUGAGGAGGCUGGAGGAGGGCUUGAACUGGAUUUCAUCCUAAGGUGUCCGUUUGUGGAGACAAAGGUUGACGAUUCCAAUCCCUACUGGCUGGCCUUCAAAAAGGGCCUGGAUGAACUCGGCCUGAAAACCCAUACUCGAGUUUUCACCGGCGCCACCGAUAGCUUCUACGUCCGGCAGAUGGGCAUUCCCGCUCUGGGGUUUUCCCCCAUCAACAAUACUCCUGUGCUGCUGCACAAUCACGAUGAGUAUUUGCGGGCCGACACCUAUCUGCACGGCAUUCAAGUGUACAGGAAACUUAUCCCGGCGGUUGCUGAUUCAUAGACUGUUCAACUGAAACACUGCUCUGAUGAUUCAAAAAUGGAAAUCAAUAUGUUUUUAUUGGUCUUAUCUUUUAUGAGUAAUGUAUUAGUAUCGAUGAGUGUAGGGCCAAAAUUAAAUGUAUAAAUGUUCUGAUUACUUCAAAACAUAUCUGGUUAAAUACAAACGAAAUGCGAGCACUAAAAGCAAAUAUUUCCGUGUAGCUUACUUCUUUUUGGACUUU